AUGUCUCCCCCAAUCAUCAUCGCAUCAGCGUGGAGCAGCUACGACGCCGACGUGUUCGCCAUCAAGAGACUCGUUCGCUACGAAGGAAGGGUACUCCACGGCUUUCGUGCCGUCCUACUCUUCCGGACCGGUCUUGACGUUUCCGGCCCCAAUCAGUCUGGUCCCAACAAGCCCCUCUGCCUCGUCCGUUGGCAAGGCAUGGAGCCCUAUCGCGGCGAGCUUCUGUGGGCCAGCCGAGAGCAAGAUGCGACCAGAACCUUCAUCGUUAUGCGGCGCGACGUGAGGUGUCAGGGAGGGCGCCCAUCAAUCCACCCGACGCCUCAAGUCAAUAUUACCAUCUUGAACCUCGCACCACGGCCGGCCGCACACAGGGCGAUUGAGGGCGCCGCCCCGGAGCAGCCAAUAGUGGUACCAUCUUCUCAGCCUACUGAACCGCUCGACGCUCAGGUGGCACCUGCGAGUGUGAUUGGUGAGCGACAAAGCUCACCGGCACCUCCCGUCCAAGUUAAGGGGGAGGAUCAGCCCGUCGACGUCACAACCACCGAGACACGCGAGGUCGUCGACUUGACGUGGAUCGACGACGAUGAGGAGGAUAUCAAGCCGACAAUGUCCGAACUUGAACGGGAGUGCGGAGUGUCGACUCCCUCCCGGCGUAUGCGGCCGGCUUCAGGAGUACGAAUGAAGCUCGCGACGUGUCCCAGCAAAGCUGAAAUACGCGCGAUGGCACGCUAUGUCGCGAACAAGCCUCCCGGCACUGAUAUGGAGGCGCCAGAGCAGUGGAUGGACUUCGAUCCACGGAGGGGAAUCUUCGCAUGGACUAGGAUUCAUGUUAGGCGAAAAGACGAGAUUGAGCGCCUCGUCCUCGACAUAAGGCGAAGGAACGGACAUAACACCGAGAUGGUAAUAAAACAGGAGUAG